AUGCUUUCUGAGGAGAGAAAGAAAAGGCAAACUAAACAACUUCAUGAUGGUAAAGCUAACUAUAUGCUUGAUGAUCUUCCAGAAAUGCUGGUUAAUGCGAUGAUGGACAAGCGAGUUGUUGAACGACUGCAAUUUCUGUCAAAGAGUAUGAUGCCAAGUGUGGCACAAGAUAUUUUGCUCAUAAGACAUAUCAUUGAGGAGUUUGCUGCAAUUUAUGAAGAUGAGUUGCAAGACUGGUUAUUUUUUUUCACUGGAAGAACGUUUUCUUUAUCAUCUAUCCGCAGAUGCUUGCAGAAAAUGGGUUGGUCGAGAAGGAAGUUAAACAUUUAUGCAGUUCAAAGGAGUGACAUGAAAAGAGCAGAAUAUCGUAGAAGGAUAGCACAGUUUCAGCCUCAUCAAUUUAUUUUUAUUGAUGAAUCUUCAAAGGAUGAUAGAACAUUUCAGAGACGAUAUGGUCGUGGAUUAAAAGGCAGAAGAAUUUCAGUGAGAGGAAACUUUACACGUGGAAAACGCUACAGUGUGUUAUGUGCAAUCAGUAAUCUUGGUGUAAAGGCAGCACAUUCUAUUCUUGGGUCAUACGAUAUGGAACAAUUUGAAUUUGCAAUGGAACAUUUUGUAAUACCAUAUGUUGGCUCAGUUGCAAGAAAUGAACCAUGUUCAGUGGUUGUGAUGGACAAUUGCAGCAUUCACAACUCAAAUAAAACUAUUGAAACGAUCAGGAAGAAAGGAGGAGUUGUAUUCUUUCUACCACCCUAUUCUCCUGAUAUGAAUCCGAUUGAGGAAGCUUUUGGAACUGCCAAAACAUGGCUACAGAGAAAUGACAAUAUUUGUGUGAAAUAUCCAAAGAGGUGUUUUGAAAUAGCUCUGGCACAGAUAACUGCAAAACAAUGUACCGGAUUUUUUAAGGACAGUGGAUAUUUUUAA